CAGAUAAUGCCACUGUCCUUUUAAUAGGUCAGCUUCUAGAUUCCUAUAUUUCAAGAAUUUUAUUCAUUCUUUCAUAGAUGGCGCCUACUUAUAUGUACAGUUAACCUAUGUGUCAGUUAUUGCAGUGAAUAGAUAACAAAAAUUUCACUUCUGUAAGCUUCAGUUUAUAAUUGAGUUUGCUUGUAUUUGUGCGUAACAGAUAUGGACAAUUGGAGUUAUUUCAAGAGACCUCUUACGGCUCUUGAACUCAUGGAAGAGAUAGAAAAUAUUGAUGAUGAUACAAAGUUACCAGAUGCUAUAGUGCUUUUUCCACCUAUUAAUGCUAAUGAAGGAGAUACAGACGAGGAUUCAGGAGACGAAGAAAAUGUCGGUAUCGAUAAUCUUCCUGCAGGGCAGCUCAACGCAGAAGUAGAAAUAAGGCUGAACUCAGGCGAGGAAGAAAAUGUAGGAAAUAAGGAUGAAUUAGAUUUUCCUGACGAAAAUAAUGGCAUGGAAAAUAACGACAUAAGUCAAGAUAACUCUUAUAAGAGAAAUGACGAAUUUGAAGAAAAUUGUCCCUUGUCAUAUUUUAUAAGGUACAAAAAAAAGAAAGCAAAAUCAUGUAACUGGGUUGAGAGAGAUAUUAAAGAUAACAUGACUUCCUGGAAAAAUAUACAAGGACCAAGUAAUCAGUUAUCGUCAGUAGAACUCUUCAGCUUAUUUUUUGAUGAUGAAGUAUGGCAAAUGAUAACUGACUAUACCAAUUUGUAUUCAAUCCAAAAAAAUAGACCUGGUGACAUAAGUCUCAAUGAAAUAAAAUGUUUUUUUGGAGUACUAUUACUAAGUGGCUAUCACUACUUUUCCAGAAGAUCCUUGUAUUGGGAAAGUAAUGAUGAUGCUGGUAGCAAACUAGUGACUUCUGCAAUAUCGAGAAACAGAUUCAAUUUCAUUAUGCAAAAUAUUCAUUGUAACGAUAAUACAAUCCUGAAUGUAAGCGACAAAUUUUCAAAAAUACGACCUCUUGUGGAAGCACUUAAUAAAAGAUUCAUCACUUUUGCACCCGUUCAGGAAUGUCAUAGUAUCGACGAGACAAUGGUGCCAUAUUUUGGACGCCAUGGUUCGAAACAAUUCAUAAAAGGUAAGCCCAUAAGAUGGGGCUACAAGUUAUGGACAGGAACUACUUCAAAAGGUUACAUCGAGUGGUUUGAGCCUUACCAAGGUUCUACAACAAACUUGUCAGAAAGAUAUAAAAAUCUAGGUCUAGGUGCCAGCGUUAUAUUGAGUUUUGCUGAUGCUCUCGUAUCUGAGAAAGGAUGUUUAACAUUCCACUUUUUUUUGAUAAUUUUUUCACAUCUUUCGAUCUUCUAAUGGUAUUGAGAGAUCGAAGAAUAAGAGCAACGGGCACUGCUCGAGAAAAUAGAAUUCCAAAUUGUUCCAUAAAGAGUUCUACUAUAAUGAAGAAAGAAGUCCGAGGUAUAUUUGAUUACGUACUGGAAGAAAAAGAAAAUAUUCUAGUUUGUAAAUGGCACGAUAACAGUAUAGUGACAAUGGCAUCCAACUCUGAAUCUGUUUUUCCCCUAGCCAGUGUUUCACGAUAUUCACAGAAAGAAAAGAAAAAAAUCGUUGUUAAACAACCAAAUAUCAUCAAAAAGUACAAUAAAAAUAUGGGAGGCGUAGAUAGAGCCGACCAAAAUGUGAGUCUCUAUCGUGUCUCUAUCAGAGGCAAAAAGUGGUAUUUCCCUUUGAUUAGUCAAUGUUUGGAUAUGGCCGUGCAAAAUUCUUGGCAGCUGCAUAAAUUACAAGGCGGUAAGAUGGAUCAACUGGCAUUUCGUCGAUCUCUUGCUCAGGAUAUUUUAGAGACUCAUAAGAAAACUAGCAAACGAGGUCCUAUUAGAUAUUAGACCAAGUGCCUACUUACAUGAACAUUCUCGAUACGAUCAUUUAGAUCAUCUGAUAGUUUAUCAAGAAAAUCAGACAAGAUGUGGACAGUGUCAUAAAAAGGUAAAAUUCAGAUGAGAUAAAUGUGAUAUAGCACUACACUCUAAAAGUUGUUUUCUUGAAUAUCAUACAAAAUAGAGUUAUUAUGAAAUGUUUCUCAGGUUAACUUUUAUAGAAUAGAGAUAUGAAUAAAACGAUAUGAAUAUUCAUGUAGAUGUUUAUUAUGCCACCGUCCUUUUAAAAGAACGGUAUAUAUAUCAGUUCUUUCAGUAGAUAGAUAAGGAAAAUAUUAAAAAGUAUGUUUUUUGUAAUUUAAUUGAGCAGAAAAAAGAACCAUUAUGGAAAAUUUUCGAAAAAAUAAUUUCGGGAGUAUCUG